UCAUGCUGCUGCCAGGUCCACAGUGUCUCAUGGGUCCCUGUACGGCCUCCCAUUGCUGCUGUCUCCAUCGCCACACUCUGCCAUGUGCCACUUUCAGGUCUCCUCACACUGCUGCUGGGUUCCAUUUUGUCAUAGGGUGCUGGCAGAUUACGGGCCUCCCAUUGCUGCUGCCAGGCCCGUAAUCUGCCAUGGGCCCCUGUACCGCCUCCUCAUGCUGCUGCCAGGUCCAGAGUGUCUCAUGGGUCCCUGUACGCCUCCCAUUGCUGCUGUCUCCAUCGCCACACUCUCUGCCAUGUGCCACUUUCAGGUCUCCUCACACUGCUGGUGGGUUUCCAUUUUUUGU